GCGUUUACCGGAUUCUACUUGACUUGGCCUACCUUGUAAAAUUUUCUCUCUUCAGGAGAGUGUUUCCAUCAUUCCAAACUGCAUUAUCAUUCAUCCUGUUGGGAUGAUGAUGAUGCUUAUAUUCACUCGACCGGAAUAUUCAAUUUGAGCAGAUGCUCACAAGGAUGCAACUAACUUAGUCAGCCUAGAGCGAGGGAGGCUCCUGCACGUUUGACUUUUGCUUGGGCUCCGUGGCUCCUUCCUUCUCCAACGCAGAAUGGCUCUCCACGCCGCGACUGCCGCUGGAAAUGCUGGAAAUGCAGGCGCGGGUGCAGCAGGUGCAGCAGGUGCGGGCAGCACCAUCGCACCUGCACAAGGACCUACCGUCGCACCUGCGCCUUCACAUGAUCCCGCCACAUCUGGAGCAACUCUCAUCCAUCACCAGCCAAAACCACAACCACAUCCAAACCUCACUACGGCUUCAACGGAUUCAAACAUCUUGAUCCAGACUCAAUCCCAUCAACCCCAUCAACCCCAUCUUCAAUCCCAUUCUCCAGCCCCGCCUCGAUCCCAGCAACAGCAGGCUCACACCAUCUCCCAGUCACUGCCAACCUUGCCGACUGAUUCCGCUGGUCAGAUCGUCACAAAUUUCCCUCCUUAUCCAGCCCCUCUCCCUGGUCAAAGGAUUGCCAUCCGACACCCCAAACCAGAUAUCGUACGCCUUGAACAAGGCCGUCUCCCUCUAGUCAUGGAGCAUGAGGAGAUGUCGGCCCAUCGCCCUGCUCCCGGCUCCUCCUCAAACUCGGACGAAGAAAUCCCCCAGUCGACUUACACCUAUGCCGUCAAUCCCAAUUACGAUCCCUCUGAUCCCAACGUUACCUAUACCCCGACCUCUUCCAUUUCCGCAUACACCCCAUCCACGGGCUUUUCGUCGGCCCAGAAUUCCUGGAAUACAUACACACCACGACCUAGAGGAGGCAGUGGUAGUACUUCGGCCCCUGCGAUGGACAGAUCUUUUUCCAAUGAUCCCCAAUCUUCCCGUCCCUCCGCUCCGUCACGGACUCCCUCCAACACAUAUGCCCCUCCCAGAAGGCCGCCUCAGUUCCUCUCGUUAAACUCCAGGAAGGCACAUUCAUCCACUGCAGGCAGACCGUCGAGAAGGGAUCCCAAUGCUCAAUAUCGUGCUCAGGAGAAGGCGUAUGUUCAGCGUGUCAGACAACAGCCAUCCGAAUGGCCCGAGAAUGACCCUCGAACUCCCAGUAUUGGCUACAGUACCGAAGAUGACAGCAGUGAUGAGUCCCCCUCUGCCGAGAACCAUUUUGAAGACCCCUACGACCCCGAAACAUUAAUGUUUUUGGGCAACGAAGACAACAUGCAGCCGUCUGAGGAAGAACUGCAAAAUCCACAGAACAGAGAGCGGCUAGAGUGGCACUCAAUGCUCGCUUCUGUCCUCAAGGGUGACGUCGUACGCCAGGAGAAGCAGAGGUUGAUAGGCACUACUGAGCAGAAAAGUCGGGCUGAAAUCGGUACUGAAAUCUGGUUGGGCUCAAGAGCAAAAUACUAUGGCCGCCCUUUGGCAAUGCAGAAGAAGCUGAUUGACGAGGGCCGGUCCAAAGUCAGCCCCAUUGUGGAAAACCUCAUCGCCUUUGAGAUCAAGGGUGAAACCGUCGUGGGAAAAACCGCGCUGGAGCAAGUCCAAGAAGCUGUCGCAAACAUAGAAAAGUGCGAAUGGCUUUAUCCUUCAAGGAAGGCUUUGGCCGCUGCCCAGCCGCGUGCUGCCUCCGAGGACUUUGAAGACAGCUGCAAUGCAAUCGUUGCCUGGUACAACAUCACCCAGUCAAUCAACACCGAGCUCGCCGUUCUUCAGUCUUGGGUCGGCAACCCGGAGAUGGAUUUCACCAAGCAAAAACGUCGAGCCAGCAACGAAGGCGAACUGGCCGAUGAAUCCUGUUUUAUUGACAGAAUCCUCAAGGAAGACGGUCUCAAGUCUCUGCACAGCGAACAGAGCAUGCUGAUGGGCAUCAGCACCGUCAUCACCAAAGCCAAAAAUACUCUGAUCGAGAACGCAGGCUCCUUCUCCGCCCGCCAUCUUCCGCCGUACAUCGAAGAGCUCCUGACCUUGAUCAACUUCCCCUCUCGUCUGAUCGUGGAAAUCAUCCGCAUGCGCUUAUCCUACGCAAAGAAGAUGAAAGAAUCUGCCCAGCAAUCCAUGCUCAUUAUCGACCAGAUGAUUGCCCAAUUCCAGAUUUUGAUGCGCCUAGCAUGCGUCAUCAAGCGAGAAUACGAGACCAUCUACGAGCCCGAACCAGGUUGGGAUCUACCCCCGUGCAUUGACGAAGCCUUUGAUUCCGUCAUCAUUGAAGCCUUGAAGUUCUACUUUAAAAUGCUCAACUGGAAACUUGGUGCCAACAAGAACACUUUCCGUGAAGCCGAAAUUCUCGAACAGGAAUGGGGCUUUUCGAAUGAGAUUGGCCGUCAAUUGGAUGGUGGCGAUAUUGAAGUGGCCGAACAAUUCAGCUCGCUGACUGCCAAAUCCCUCUUUCGCCUGACGGCAUCUUUUGAGCGUGAGUUGCGCACCAAACCAGACGAAAGUGUCCAAGACAUGGAGAAGAGAUACAAGACCAUUUUGGACUCUGUCCGUGUCCGUCAAAGAAAAUUAUUCCGAUUCUCCCGGAUGCUUCGCCAACGCUUCGAAAAUGCCACCGAGUUCAAUCUCGGCAUGGAUCCGAAACAAAUGCAGAAUUUUACCGAAUCACUCUUGUUGAGUGCGCACUUUGUGGUCGACAUGGGCCUCAAUAGUCCCAAAGGCGUCUAUUUCAUUGCGUCUUCGUCACUCUGGGGCAGGCCAAAGGAAAUCCAAUCGAUCCUGGGAACCUCUUUCCACGCCGACGAUGCACCAGAAGAUCCCUCCAACCCAUACAUCCUCGCCAUCCGUCCAGAAAAUGAGUUGGUCUGGGAGGGACAGCGGAUGGAAGUGGACGUUCUCGAAUUGCCAACCGACGUCCGCGUGGGCCGGCUGCGACUGGUGGCUGAUGGUUCAUCUCAACGCUUGCAGAAUGCCCGGAUAGAGUUCAUCAACGCCACCGGGGUGGAGCUGGACGUGGUGAUCGAGCAACGAGCCAAUCUUUCGCGAGUCAACUCGGAACUAGGCAGGAUCAAGAAGACGACGUUUAAAUUGUCAAAUACAAUCAUGGAGAGCGUGGAGGUGAUUCGAUCGCAGAAUGGCGGCAUCGCCAGCCCAGAGCUUGUUCAGUCAUGCUUUGCCUUUGCGACCGAGUUUGGCAAGAGAUCACUCACAUACAUGGACGCCAAUCGACGGAUGAUGAACAAUCUCAAAUUGACCAGACUGGCAUUGGACUGGAUCAGUUUUAUCUGCGAUGAUUGCGACGCCGCCGAUCGAAGGACUUUUAAGUGGGCCGUCAUUGCUCUGGAAUUCGCCAUGGCCAUGACCCGAGGCCGUAACAUUCUCGACAUCAGCGAUGAGGAGUAUACUCGGAUUCGGUCCAAAGUGGCUGGGUGUAUGUCAGUCCUGAUCUCCCAUUUCGAUAUUAUGGGGGCGAGAUCGACAUUGGCGGCGCAACAAGAAAAGUCACGAGUAGAAGCCUUGUCGGGUCCUGGCAAACGAUUGGAUUUUAGCAAACUGCGCAACGACGAUGAUUGCGCACAACAAAUGCGCGAGCAGCGAUUGGCGCAGCUAGAAGAGAUUGAUCAGCAACGAGAAGAGAGGGGAACAUCGAAGACCAACCUUGGACGAGUGUUGGAAGGCUCGAAUGAAGCAGACCGCUCACUGACGUUCCUUUCCUCGUCGGCGACCAAUGUCACCAUGAGAUGGCAACAAGGCCAGUUCGUGGGCGGCGGGACGUUCGGAUCCGUUUAUGCAGCACUCAACCUUGACACCGGAACGUUGAUGGCUGUCAAGGAAAUCCGUCUACAAGAUCCCCAAUUGAUCCCCACGAUCGUGAAGCAGAUCAGUGACGAAAUGGGAGUAUUGGCCGUGCUUGACCACCCGAAUAUCGUGUCUUAUUAUGGCAUCGAGGUUCAUCGCGACAAGGUCUACAUUUUCAUGGAGUACUGCUCUGGUGGGUCGGUGGCAGGGCUCCUUGAGCACGGGCGGAUUGAAGACGAGACGGUCAUCAUGGUUUAUGCACUGCAAAUGCUGGAGGGAUUGGCAUACCUUCACCAAGCGCAUAUUGUGCACCGUGACAUCAAGCCGGAAAAUGUUCUUCUGGACCACAAUGGGGUGAUCAAGUAUGUCGACUUUGGAGCGGCCAAGGUGAUUGCGCGACAAGGACAGACGAUCAUGAACCCCGAGCCGGCACAACGGGCCAAUGCAGAAGCCGCUAAGGGCGGUGCAGGACCACGAGCACCACAGAAGACCAUGACAGGAACUCCCAUGUACAUGUCACCAGAGGUUAUUCGCGGUGAUGGCCCGGCGACGUCGCGAUUUUCAGGGGCGGCUGACAUCUGGUCAUUGGGCUGUGUAAUCCUGGAAAUGGCCACAGGACGCCGACCAUGGUCGACACUGGAUAAUGAAUGGGCCAUCAUGUACAACAUUGCGCAGGGAAAUCCACCUCAACUGCCCAGCGAGGACCAAUUGAGCGAGCAAGGACUGGACUUUUUGAAGCGAUGUUUCGAGCGAGAUCCUGCUAAGCGGAGUUCUGCGGCCGAAUUGUUGCAGCACCCGUGGAUCGUGGAAAUACGACGGAUGGUGGUGGAUGAGCCUGAUCCGCAAACUCCCAAGAGUGAUUACAGCAGCUCUAGUGGAAGCAUGUCAGUAGGGAGCCGAUAGGGACAGCCUCAUUGAAUGAUGGUGGGAGAUUGAUGAACGAGUUUAUUAUAUAGCAUACAUUAGCGACGGAAUAUACAUGAUGUGGGACGAGAGUUGUCGAGCAACAUGCAAAGUAUUAUGUAUUAUAAUGAAUUGGCG